CAUUUGAACGCGAGGCUGCAUCGAAGCAAAACGUGUCCAGCAAAAAAACACCUUUUUUCGCAUAAUUAUACUUCCUCCAGAUUCGUUAAUCUUCACCUGCAUCAUGCGUGAAUGUAUCUCUAUCCACGUGGGCCAGGCCGGAGUCCAGAUGGGCAAUGCCUGCUGGGAGCUGUACUGCCUGGAGCACGGCAUCCAGCCUGAUGGUCAGAUGCCCAGUGACAAGACCAUUGGAGGUGGUGACGACUCCUUCAACACCUUCUUCAGCGAGACCGGCGCCGGCAAGCACGUCCCUCGCUGUGUCUUUGCUGAUCUGGAACCUACCGUCGUUGAUGAAGUUCGCACCGGCACCUACCGCCAACUCUUUCACCCAGAGCAACUCAUAAGCAACAAGGAGGAUGCCGCCAACAACUACGCUAGGGGCCACUACACCGUCGGCAAGGAGAUAAUUGACCAAGUGCUUGACAGAAUCCGGAAGUUGGCUGACCAGUGCACGGGUCUCCAGGGUUUCCUCAUCUUCCACAGCUUCGGUGGGGGCACCGGCUCUGGCUUCACAUCUCUGUUGAUGGAGCGUCUCUCUGUCGAUUACGGCAAGAAGUCCAAGCUGGAGUUUGCAGUCUAUCCUGCUCCUCAAAUCUCCACUGCUGUUGUUGAGCCCUACAACUCCAUCCUGACCACUCAUACCACCCUGGAGCACUCUGACUGUGCCUUUAUGGUCGACAACGAGGCCAUCUACGACAUCUGUCGUCGCAACCUCGACAUCGAGCGUCCGACCUACACCAACCUCAACCGUCUGAUCGGUCAGAUUGUGUCCUCCAUCACCGCGUCUCUUCGCUUUGACGGCGCCCUCAAUGUCGACUUGACCGAGUUCCAGACCAACUUGGUGCCCUACCCACGUAUCCACUUUCCCUUGGCUACCUACGCCCCUGUCAUCUCUGCUGAGAAGGCCUACCAUGAGCAGCUGACCGUUGCAGAGAUCACCAACGCUUGCUUCGAGCCGGCCAACCAGAUGGUGAAGUGCGAUCCGCGUCACGGCAAGUACAUGGCCUGCUGUCUGCUCUACCGUGGUGAUGUCGUCCCUAAAGAUGUCAACGCCUCAAUUGCAACCAUCAAGACCAAGCGCACCAUCCAGUUUGUUGACUGGUGUCCAACUGGUUUCAAGGUGGGCAUCAACUACCAGCCACCUACCGUCGUGCCUGGCGGUGAUCUGGCCAAGGUGCAGCGUGCCGUCUGCAUGCUGAGCAACACCACGGCCAUCGCCGAGGCCUGGGCUCAUCUGGAUCACAAGUUUGAUCUGAUGUACGCAAAGCGUGCCUUUGUCCACUGGUACGUGGGAGAGGGUAUGGAGGAAGGUGAGUUCUCUGAGGCUCGUGAGGAUCUGGCUGCCCUGGAGAAGGAUUACGAGGAGGUUGGGAUGGAUUCUCAGGAUGACGGAGAAGAAGAAGAGGGAGAGGAGUACUAGUCAAACGUUAUUAUGACGCAACUAACUAACCCUUUCAUUUCAAGAUUAUAUUUUUUAUGAAAUAUGCUUCAAAUCGGCACGUAUAGUACGGGUGCGUUAUAUAAUUAUUAAUUGCGCCAUAUUUGGACAUUAUUGGACAAAGGUUUUCCUUAACUGGAGAAAACGGUUACUAAUUUAUUGAUCCGGAUUCAAUAUUGGCGAGUUCGGAUGCAAAUCGAGUCCCAUCACAUGGAGCAGACUGCGGAGGUAUAGGUGCAGGUCAAAAUCAUUUCGAUAAAUUAUUAUCGAUUUGUUUUUUAAUGUGGAAGUACAGUUAUUUUGUCGACCAAAUAAAACUUUUCAGAAACAGGU